CCAAUUUUUCCAAAAACUCUGCUUUUGGAGAAAUUGAGCAAGUAUUUAAAAACGGAGGGAGUAUUUAUUUUCUCUGUAAAUAAUGGAUUAUUAAUAUCUCGAUUAAUUUAAUUUUAUUGUAUCUGGAGAGAAAGAUGAUUAAUAUUUGGCUUUCAUCAUUUUUGAUUCGUCAUUGUAAUGUUUGUCAAUUAAGAGCAACUCUAAUGGUUAAGGACUUGCUUGCAAUUACAAUAAUUCCCUAUCUAUUAGCUUGACCAUUGGAGCUAGAAACUCAAUUAGUUUGGCAAAGCAAGGCAAAGCUAAUUUGCUGGGGAAUUAAACUUUCCAAAAUGAAAAUGCUCAUUGCACCAAUUAAGCUCUUUCUAUUUAUUUUCUAUCCACAACUAUUACUAAGCUAAUAGCUAGCCAUUAGAGCAAAAAGUAGCUACAAUGAUAAUUAGCUUGCCAUUGAAGUUGCUCUAAUGGCAAGCUAAUUUGACAACUAGCUUGACAAGCCACAUAAGCUUUUAAGCUAAUUGUUAUUGUAGCUACUUUGAACUCUAAUGACUAGCUAUUAGCUCACAAUCUAAAUGAAUUUCCCAUCUUUUAUUAACUUUUUAUAUUUUAUUUUAUUAAUUCUAUUUUAUAUUUUUUUGAUAAGUUUUUCUCCAAGCAAAUUAGCUUGACAAAGUUUGACAAAACUAAUUUGCUUAGCCAAGCUAAUUGCAUUUUCUAGCUCCAAUGGUCAAGCUAAUAGCUCAGGAUUAUUUAAUAUUGUAAGCAAGUCCUUAGCUACAACCCGUAUAGUAUUAUAUUACACGGAGUAUUAAUAUUACAGAGUAUUAAUAAUACCCUGUAUUGUAUUAUGUACUCCGUAUUAUUAAUAUUACAGUAGUAAAUAUACAGAGUAAUUUUUAAAAUUUUGUUUCAAAUAAAAAAAAUAAAAUCAAAAAAUCUUUUUUAACACGAAGUCUGACCUAGUUAUUAAAGAUAUAGACUGUGAUUUUAUUUUUAACUAUAUCUCCUAAUUAUAAGGAAUCUUAAUCUACACAUUGAUCUAAUUCCAUGUAAUCAGCAAAGUAGUUAAUUUUAUUAUUAUUUUUUGAUUAAAAAAAUAAUAAAAUAAAUCCAAACAUACCAUCAAAAUCACAAAAUUUGCUGACUUGUACCCUUCCAAACUUAUUCUACGAGUAUAAUGUUUUUAAAAUAAAAUUCUUUAGAAAAUUAUGUGUGAAAUUAUUACUGUAAUUAUCAUUAUGGGUUUUUGUUAAGGAUUUAAUGUGUAGACGCUAAUUAUAGACAAAAUCAAUUCAGUACGAGUAAGAAUAUGCAGGAUGUUUGAAAUUGAGGGUUGUGAUUGAGUUGCCUCUUCAACUUUUUUUUUUUGGAGUUGAGAAGAUUAAUAUAAAAUCAAACAAGGGUUACAUUUUCGGCUUAUUUGUAUUAAUUGUGAGUUCAAUUAUAUGAUGGAUUUGUCGAAUUCAAUGCAAAUUGUGUCGAGUCGAAUUCAGGAGGUAGAGCCUGAGCAUGCCUCAAAGAUUGUAGGAUACUUGUUGUUACAAGACUUUGGUGAUCAGGAUAUGAUUCGCCUCGCGUUUAGCCCUGAUAAUGUAAUUAGAGAUGUGGCGAACAAAGUAAAACAUACUCUUAGUUUGUCUUUGUCUAACCAACUGCUGCAGUGGCAGCAGCAGCAACUGCAACAGUUGCUACAGCAGCAGCAGCAGCAGCAGCAAAUGUCGUUUGCUUCAGUGUCUUCUCAACUUAAUAACCCCAUUCAGUAUAGCAAUCCAUAUCAGGGUUUUCCUGAUUUUCGGACUUACUCAAACUCAAACAUGCCAUUGAGUGCUUCUUGGAAUGUUCAGGAGGCCAAUGGUCUUGAAGAACAGGUUCCGCGGUCCUUGAAAUUCAAGGAUGAUUACUUAAAGCUGAGUAACUCAUUUGAUUCAGAGUUGCACAGCAAUUAUAGUUACCCUGAUCAGCCUGGUUUUAGUGGAUUUGCUACUGACAGAGUCUCAAGAAGGUCGCGGAGUUUGAUUGAAUUCCCCCCAAAAGUCUGUCAUUACUUCAGCAAGGGGAUCUGCAAGCAUGGUAACAACUGUAGGUUCUAUCAUAGUAAUCCAAUGACCCUUGAAAGUUUUUCUGAGUUGUUGGGUCUCGGAUCAAACGAUGUCAGGUUUGGGAAUGGGAAUGGGAAUGGGAAUGGGAUUGAUGAUCAUAGUAUGUUCCCAGUAGGUUCACUUGAGAAACUUGAAUUGGAUCUGAUUGAACUUCUGAGAUCAAGAAAUGGAAGCCCCAUUUCAAUUGCCACAUUGCCAAUGCUGUAUUAUGACAAAUUUGGCAGGACUCUUCAGGCUGAAGGUUAUCUUACCGAGAGCCAGAGACACGGUAAGGCUGGCUACAGCCUUACUAGGCUCCUUGCUCGGUUGAGAAACAGCAUAUGUCUCAUUGACCGGCCUCAUGGACAGCAUUCAGUGAUCUUGGCUGAAGAUGCUCCAAAAUACUCGGAGUAUGCUAGUGAUCGAAGUGAGAAUGGUGGUAUUGUUCCGGGGUCUAGACAAAUUUAUCUCACUUUUCCUGCAGAAAGUGCAUUCUCUGAGAUUGAUGUGUCCAACUACUUCAACACCUACGGCCCUGUCCAGGAUGUUAGGAUUCCAAGUCAAGAGAGAAGGAUGUUUGGAUUUGUUACCUUUGUUUAUCCAGAAACAGUUCGGAAAAUCUUGGCCAAGGGGAACCCACAUUUUGUUUGUGGUGCUCGCGUUCUUGUGAAACCAUACAGGGAAAAGUCAAGGCUUGUUGACAGGAAUCAUGCAGAGAAGCUACAGUGCUCUAUGCACGACUCACAUCUUUGUGAUGGGGACCUUGAAUUCCAAUCUUUGGCAAGAGCCAGUGAUUAUCUAAGGUUAAUGAGGCAGCAAUUCAUGAAUGAACACAAGGAGGCACUUGAACAGGAGAAGCCUUGCUUUUCUGAAUCACAAUUACUGCCUGAACCAUCAGCGCGACUCCAAUACUUUGCCAACUCUAUUGAUGAGUUGAAGCUUGCUCAAGAGUUUCCAACUUUGGAGCAGUUUAGUUCCAGGUUAAACGAUCUGAACAUUGGCUUUUCCAGUGAGGACAACUUCAGGAAUGUGAACACUAAUUAUGACAGCGGAGAAAGCAACCAGGUGCUUAACCUCCCAGAUAACCCGUUUGCAACUUCAACAGUUUACGAUACAUAACAGGAAGAUAGAAGUAAGGCAUAUAGAAGAUCAGGUGUUGCAAAUACUUAGAAGCAUAAAUGGCAAGACUUGAUCAUACAAUUACAAGGUUUGUUUGUUAGAAGUGUGGAUAAAUAAUAGGUCGGUAAGUUUCUAUUUUUUUUUUCAAGACUUAGCGCCAAUUGAGUGGCUUGCUCCCCAGAGAAAUUCAUCACAAUUUUAAGUGGUGCAAUACAUGCUAAUUACUAACUGAUACAUGGAUUUCGUUACUCGUGGAAGGGAGUACUACAGAGUAGAUUCAUACAGAAAUUGUCAUACAUCAUAUAAAUUGAGAGGUUACAUUACAGAGUUUAAUUGCUUAGAACAUUUCUUCAUGUAGAAUCAUUAUCUUGUUGAAUGAAAUAUGAAGCAAGUUUCUUUAGUAUACAAAUAUUAUGUUAUAUGGUUGCCUGCUACCAUCUUACUAUUAUAGAUACAUCAUACAUGUGUUA